UGAAUUAGCAGUCCUGCUCUUUUCAGGGCGGCAGACACACGGACUGGACCUUGUUCCUAACUGUUUAUGUGACCUGCCGUUAGGAACAAAGCAAAAAUAAAGAAAAAAAUAAGGAAACUAUUUUGAUUUUUAGUUCUGAUUGAAGUGUCGGGAACAUGAAGUGGGGCUUGUGGCUUGGAGUCGUUCUCCUCACCUGUGGAAUUCUGUGUUGGGGAGUAAAGAUCCUGGAUAUCCCUGAGUAUGAUGGCAAGGAUCGAGUCCAUAUACUGACCAACAAAAACUACAAGGCUGUGAUGAAGAAGUACGAUGUCAUGGUGAUCUACUAUCACAAAGCUGUUGGGGAAAACCACAUGGCCAAGAAGCAGUUUGAAGUGGAAGAGCUCGCUUUGGAGUUGCUAACAAGCCCCGCCGCCCUCACCUACCAGCUUGCCGCCCAGGUGCUUGAUGACUUCAAUGAUGAGGAUAUUGGAUUUGGGCUGGUAGAUGCGAAGAAGAAUGUUGCUGUUGCCAAGAAGUUGGGUUUGGAUGAAGUCGACAGCAUUUACAUCUUUGCUGAUGACGAGAUCAUUGAGUAUGAUGGAGAGAUGGCUGCAGAAACAUUGGUGGAAUUCCUCUAUGAUGUUAUCGAGGAUCCAGUGGAGAUCAUUGACAAUGAAGGAGAGCUAAGAGGCUUUUUUAACCUAGAAGAGGAUAUCAAGUUGGUGGGAUACUUUAAGAAUGAGAAUUCCCGACACUUUAUUGAAUAUGAUGAUGCCGCUGAAGAGUUCCAUCCCUUCAUCAAGUUCUUUGCCACUUUCAAUUCAAAAAUUGCCCAACAACUAAAACUGGAAAUGAAUGAGGUUGAUUUUUAUGAGCCCUUCAUGAGUGAGCCUACCACAAUCCCAGGCAAACCUUACACUGAGGCUGAGCUGGUUGACUACAUCGAGGAGCAUGAAAGACCAACUCUAAGAAAACUCGAACCCCACAGCAUGUAUGAGACCUGGGAGGAUGACAUUAAUGGGCAACACAUUGUAGCCUUUGCUGAGGAAUCAGACCCUGAUGGUUUUGAAUUCCUGGAGAUUCUGAAGGAGGUAGCCCGUGAGAACACAGAAAACCCUGAUCUGAGCAUUAUCUGGAUCGACCCAGACGACUUCCCCCUGUUGGUGCCCUACUGGGAAAACACUUUUGGCAUUGACCUUUCCUCUCCACAAUUUGGUGUGGUGGAUGUGGAGGAUGCUGACAGUGUUUGGAUGGAGAUGGAUGAUGAAGAGGACAUGCCUACUUCAUAUGAGUUGGACACCUGGAUUGAGGAUGUGCUGGCGGGCAAAAUUGACCCUGAUGAAGAUGAUGAUGAUGACGACGACGAUGAUGACGAUGAUGACGACGAUGACGACGAUGAUGAUGAUGACGACGACGAUGACGACGAUGACGACGACGACGACGACGACGAUGAUGACGAUGAUGACGACGACGAUGACGACGACGAUGAUGACGACGAUGACGACGACGAUGACGACGACGAUGACGAUGACGAUGACGACGACGAUGACGACAACGACGAUGACGAUGAUGAUGAUGAUGAUGACGACGACGAUGAUGAUGAUGAUGAUGAUGAUGACGACGACGACGAUGACGACGAUGAAUAAAUUCCUUCCAUCAUCUCAGGGAUUUCACCAUGUUGACUGGCACUAGCCCGAAUACUUUAAUGACCGUGAAUGUGAAGUUCAGAUCUAAGGCUUCAGCGUCCACACAUCACGGUCAUCACUUCCUGGUUUUGGAAGCUUUUUGCCUUUCUAAGGCAGGAAUCCAUCUGAAUCCCUUGACACUUCAGGGGCUCAUCAGCAUUAUUUGACUGGUCUUUUUAUAAUGCCCUUGUGGUGUUCCCUAACUUUGUAGAUUAUCUUCUUGUCCAAGUCCAAAUUCUCAAUGUUGCUUGUUGAUGCUUAUUUAAGAGCAUUCUCUGAAAUAAAAAAAAAGGGGGACAAGCCUGAGGUUAUUCAGCUGUCUAAAAGAGCUACAUAGCUACAAAGUUUUAGUAAUAUUAUGUGUAUAUGCAUUGUCUUUUUAUAUGUGCACCCUUAUGAGGUUAAUAUUUCUUUGCCAUGGAGGUGGGUUUCUUACCCUGCCAUUUUUUAAGAAGAAGCUAUUUUGAUUGGGUGAAAUUUUCGAUUUCAAUAUACUAAAGUGAACAUAUACUAAACCAAAAAAAUAUUAUUAUUAGCAUUAUUUUUGUUAUUUUUUCAGGAGGAACGAGGCUGUAUUCACGAAAAUGUCUUAAUUUGACCAUUUCUUGUGGAAAGAAGUAGAUGUACAACAGAAGUAAAAGAGCAGAUUUUGUCCAAUGUUGGAAACAUGUAAAGACAAGAAGAACGAGAAACAAAAA